AGGGCUCCCUGCCCCAGCUCCACCUCGUGAAGGUGAUGGCAGCCCCUGCUUUGACCUGGAGUCUGCUCCUCCUCCUCCUCCUGCCUCUGGCGUCUGCAGUGGUGAAUGACACGUCGCAGCUCUCGUGCUUCUACAACUCCAAAGCCAACAUCUCCUGCGAGUGGAGCCGGGAGGGGGGCCCGCAGGGCGCGUCCUGCCAGCUCCACGCCAAGUCCAACGUCCGGCCCUGGAACAAGACCUGCGAGCUGUCCCCGGGCGGGCAGGCGUCCUGGGCCUGCGACCUGCUCCUCGGGAAGCCGGAUUCCCAGCCCGUGAACGCGGUGGACGUCCUCAACAUCAGCGUGGUCUGCUGGGAGGGCGGGCGGUGGCGCCUGCUGAAGAGCCAGGCCUUCAGGCCCUUCCACAGAAUGCGCCUCUUGGCCCCCGACUCCCUCCAGGUCCUCGAGGUGGGGACCCACACGUGCAACGUGACCUGGCGCACCUCCCUGGUCUCCCACUACAUCGAGUCCUACCUGGAGUUCCAGGUCCGCACGCGGACCCCGGGCCACAGCUGGGAGGAGGCCGCCCUGCUGAGCCUCAGGCAGCAGCAGCAAUGGAUCUGGCUGGAGCAGCUCACCCCGCGCACCCCGUAUGAGCUGCAGGUGCGGGUCAGGCCCCGGCGGGGCGACCACACCGUGUGGAGCCCCUGGAGCCGGCCGCUGGCCUUCAGGACGAGGCCCGCAGCCCCUGGGAAGGACGCCCUGCCGCUGCCCUGGUUCAGCCACACCAUCCUGGGCCUCGGGGUCGCUGUGGGCCUCAUGGUCUCCGUCUACUUCCUGGCCAACUUCGGGUACAUCGGGCCGUGGCUGAAGAAGGUUCUGAAGUGUCGCAUCCCAGACCCCUCAGAGUUCUUCUCCCAGCUGAGCUCCGAGCACGGAGGAGACCUGCAGAAGUGGCUCUGCUCGCCCCUGCCCUCCACCUCCUUCAGCCCGGGCGGCCCCGCGGCCGAGAUCUCGCCGCUGGAAGUGCUGGACAAGGACGCCAAGGCCACACAGCUGCUCCUGCUGCAGCAGGACAAGGCGCCCUCGCCCUCGCCCAGCGGUCACUCGCAGACCAGCUGCUUCACCAACCAGGGCUACUUCUUCUUCCACCUUCCCGACGCCCUGGAGAUCGAGCCCUGUCAGGUGUACUUCACCUUUGACCCCUGCGCGGAGGAGGAGCCCGAAGAGGGCGGGCCUGGGGUGCCCACGGGGUCGCCCCUGCCGCCCCUGCCGCCCUCGAACGGGGACGAGGAUGCCUACUGCACCUUCCCCCCAGGGGAUGACCUGCUGCUCUUCUCGCCCGGUCUCCUCGGAGGCUCCCCCAACACUGCCCCCGGGGGCCGUGGGGCCAGCGCAGAGAGGCCGCCCUCCUCCCUGCAGGAGGGAGCCCCCCAAGACUGGGGCACCCCGUCCCUAGGGCCUCUUGUCCCGGCAGCCCCCAACCUGGUGGGUUCUCAGUCCUCCCUGGAGCUAGUCCUGGGAGAGGCUGGGAGGGAGGACCCUGCCCCUGGCCCCAGGGGAGGAGCCGACUCCUGCCCGGCCAGCCCUCCAGGGCAAGGCUGGGUCAGAGCCCCUACCUCCGGCCUGGCCCUGAACACGGAUGCCUACCUGUCCCUCCAAGAACUCCAGGAUCAGGACCCAGCUCACCUGGUGUAGACUGAGGCCAGUGGGGGAAGGCCAGCCAGCCACUGCGCCAGGCCUGCAGAGGGGCCCGUUCUGUCCUUGAGGACAGUCCACUGCUGAGGAUGCUUAGUGUCCAGCUGCCCCUAGACAUCUCCAUCCAGAUGGCCCCACCCAGCCCCACAUACUCAAUUGCUGCUCCCUGGUCCCCCUGUCCAAGCCAGGAUCUGGGUCAGCCUCCCCUCCUCCUCUUUACUCACGGAGUUCCAUGAGCGGAGCCUCUGAAGCACCGCUUCUCCUCCAUCCCACAGACAUUCGCUGACAUCUGUCCUCAGGGCUCCCAGGGGUCUUCAACCCAACCUCUUGAAUGGGCUUCCUGCCCAGCCCCGCCCCCUCCCACCCAUCCUCCACAGGACAAGUGCCCAUCCACAAUACAAAUGUAGCCAGGUCCCUCCCCUGCUCGAGACCUGCCGUGGCUCCCCAUUGCCCAGCUCCAUUUCUUGGCCUGGCACUUGCCCCUCCAGCAUCAUAUCAGGAUUUUCCCAUCUGGACCCUCACCAGGGUCCUACUGAGCCACUUGGAGCUGCUUUGUGUCCCAAAACUUUGCAGGUGGUAUUUCCUGCACCUGGUCUGGCCUCCGCUGCAUCCUUCAAUGCCAGUACCAGUUCUGCUUCUGCCUGGGGAGAAACACCGCAUUCCUGAAUGUGCCCAAAUCUCCAGAUUCCACCGGAAAGGACCCACUCUUAGGAGCACGAGGUGGCUGGAGAAAGAGGCCCUGUUACUUAUUUGGGGGGCUUUCUCCUGAGCCCAGAAUGCUUGCAGGCUGCAUCCUAAAUAUGGCCCAAGUAUGGACAAAGCGCCCCUGCAGAAUGCCCGCUGCCGAUCUUUCCACGGUGGCCUCACGGACUCACCAGGGAGGCCUGCUGGAAAGUAAACCCUGGCGCGGCCAAGGGGCGCUGCGCGGGGCCGCCUGCUCCGCGCUGAGCUGUCCUCGAGAAAGCGGGGCCUCAGUGUCUUUUCCCUGCACUUGAUACCGUACCCCGCACCCCCUGGGCUCCCUGGACCAGCUGAUGAAGGGCAGGAUCCCGCACAGAGGCCAAGCCCGCCCCGCAAGAGACGCAGCCCUCCCUGCCCACUCAAGUGGCUCGUCCUUCCCAGUGCUCCUGCCACUCCUCUGCCUCUCUGCCCUCUGCCCUGGGCACUGGUCACACCGGGGUGACCACAGCCUCGCUCCUCCACAGGGCAGAGGCCAGGCCGCAGCCCGCUGACUUGGGUGCCCCGUGCUGGCGCUUCUUAUGGGUCCCGCUCGCAGCUGAUUGGGUGCCUGACCACAAGCCCACCCAUAGGCUGAAGCUCUGUCCAAUCAGGGAGACGUAGCCUUAUCUAGCCAAUCAGAUGACCUCUCAGUCUGAAUUCCGGGAGGGAGGGCGGCCUCUGGGAGCAGGUGCUUCUGGAUGAGCCUCCCAGGAGUGGAACCGCGUGAGCUCAGGGCAUCGCAUCCUGACACAGAAACUCUAACUGCCCAGGGCGCUCUUGACCAUUUCUGUUUCUUUAGGCCGAAAUAAACUCCCCUUCCCUGAGGUUGUGAGAGUCUUGGAUCUUCACUGUGGAAAGGGCUGAAUCGCACGGGUGUCGUUUCUCACCUUCUGCCUUAAAUUGCUGUGUGUCCUGGGCUGCAGGUCCUGGUCUGGUCCCUCCUGAGCUCCCCGUUGGCACUCUGCUGUGUGUUCCAGGGCAAAAUACAAACCUCUCUGCGUUCAGUUUCCUCAUCCCCACAGUGGUAAUAGCAUUGGCCCCCACAGCUUUGAAGAGUCCUUGGGAAGGUUCUGUUUCUCAAGUCCUGGCCGUUCGUGUGUGUCUCUUUCUCUUCAGGAGCUCGCUCGGCCAUCAUCAUAUUUUUUUUUCCUUUAAAUCAUUUCACUAUUUUUGUUCAAAUUCAUUUAUUUAAGAAAAACUGCUUCUGUAAAUGGAGAAAAUGGGUUUCAUUGUAAAU